GCUGCCUACUCCCAGUCUAGCCAGGUAGCGGGAGGCGGCUGGAUUCGGUCUGGCUUCCUCAUUGGCUGAAGGUCCAACGAGCGGUAGCUCCCAUUGGCUGUGGGACAGAAAGCCUCCCAUUGGUCUACAACAUGGAGAGCAGAGACUCUCAUUGGUUCAGUGCUGCGGCGCGGCGCGCGGCCUUCUGGGAGUUGUGGUCUUGAGGUCCCUGGCACGGCCGCCAUUGUCUGGCCGGCCGCUGGUCUGGUGGUCCCCCUUGGUGGGUGAGACAGCACAUUUGCUCGAGGGUCGUCGCUCUGGGUGCCUGUGCUCGACCCACCGGCCCAGGAUGGACCUCGAGGACCUAGCGGCCGCGGUGACCAUGGCCGCGCCUCCGCCGGCGGCACGGCUUCAGGAGCCAGUGACCUUCCGGGAUGUAGCCGUGGACUUCACCCAGGAGGAGUGGGGACAGCUGGACCUUACCCAGAGGACACUGUAUCGUGAAGUGAUGCUGGAGACCUUCCGGCACCUGCUGUCUGUGGGUCCUGAGCUCCCCAAACCCGAAGUCAUCUCUCAGCUGGAACAAGGGGCUGAGUUAUGGAUAGAGAGAGGAGUCACCCAGGGCUAUAAUCCAGUUUGGGCACUUGGACCCGAAGGCUACAUGUUCCUCAAGUCUCAGGGCCUUCCCAAGGAGGAGCCAUUCCCCUAUACAGAAAGGAAAGAGCUCCUGAAGGAGACUCCACGGCCUCCCAUGAUGGUGGGGGCCCAGGAGUGUGAGGGCCAGCUCCAGUCUCUGAGUCAGAACCCAGCUAACCUGAGGCAACUGGAAUUGGGCCUCAAAGAUGGAUCAGUUCAAAGUCAAGACUAUGAAAGUCACAGACAGGAAAACUGUGUCUUGCAUUCCAAUGUAGAUCCAUUCCUAGAGAUUUCUAGGAGAGAAUAUUUCUGUACUUAUGACUCACAAGUUAAAAACUCAGAACACAACUCAAUCUUAGUCAGUCAGCGGCCGGCAGACCUCCCAGGAACACAGCCCUGUAACAACAAAGAGUGUCACAGAGCCACUGAGCAGACUGUACCUGCUACGGAACUCAUAAGGAGCCCAGUGCUGGAUAAACCCUACAAAUGUACUGACUGCGGGAAGUCAUUUAACCACAAUGCACACCUCACGGUACACAAGAGGAUUCAUACAGGAGAGAGACCUUACAUGUGCAAAGAAUGCGGGAAAGCCUUCAGUCAGAACUCUUCCCUCGUUCAACACCAGCGAAUCCACACUGGAGACAAGCCCUAUAAGUGUGCUGAGUGUGGAAAGUCUUUCUGCCACAGUACACAUCUCACUGUCCACCGUAGAAUUCACACUGGAGAAAAGCCUUAUGAGUGUCAGGACUGUGGGAGGGCCUUCAAUCAGAACUCGUCACUUGGCCGGCACAAAAGGACACACACUGGAGAGAAGCCGUAUACCUGCAGUGUUUGUGGGAAAUCCUUCUCUCGGACCACCUGUCUCUUUCUGCACCUUCGGACUCACACUGAGGAGAGGCCCUUUGAGUGUAACCAUUGUGGGAAGGGCUUCAGACACAGCUCCUCUCUGGCUCAGCAUCAGCGAAAGCAUGCUGGGGAGAAGCCCUAUGAGUGCCAACAGCGGCUGAUUUUUGAGCAGACACCGGCUUUCACCAAGCACGAGUGGACAGAAACCCUUGGCUGUGCCCCACCUUUGAGUCAGGAUGAAAAGACUCAGCGGAGUGACAAGCCAUUUAAAUGUAAUCAGUGUGGGAAAUGUUUCAUUCAGAGCUCUCAUCUCAUUCGACAUCAGGUAACUCACAGCAGAGAUGAGCCCCAUGGGCGCACAAGAAGACGUGAACGGUCCUGUGGUCAGAAGGCCCAGCUUACUCAUCAUCAGCAGUCCAAUUCAGCAGAGGACCCUGGGGGCCAGGCAGAAGCAGGACAGCCAGCGAGCAAGACUCAGGCCUUGUUUGACAUUCAUGAAAUCAUGCAGCAGAAAAAUCCUGUUCAUGUUAUUGGGGUAGAAGAACAUCCUCUAGGGACUUCCAAGAUAGUUGACUUCAAAGAAUCAACGUAGGAGUUCUUCAGAAAACAUUUGAACCAUAGGUGCACAUGUGGUAAGUCCACAGGAUGUAUUCGUGUGACAAGAGGGGCUGGGGCAGAAAUGGCCCAGUGACCCUUGAUUUUGUAUGUAAGUGGUACUUCCUAGACACCUACGGUUGGUGAUUCUCAAACCUAUGAGACCCUCUGCCCACUUUGCAGCAGGUAUCUGUGUGUGUGUGUGUGUGUUUACGUGUGUG